GAGGCGCGAAAGCCCAAUUAGUGCACACGAGCAGUUGCCAAAAUCAAAACCCUACCGAAAACUGAAGACGUUAGCGCCUUGUGAAGCAGUUACAUUAGAUAACAAUGGGAGGCAGUGGAAGAUCACGCACUCAGAGAAAGCAUUUCCGUCAAAGCAGAGAAAACAUUUGGAAGCGUUCCAAAUCGGAGUCCGAUCCUUCUUCACUCUCUGAUACCCAAAAUCCUACUUGGACUCCAUUCGCCACUCAGAACUCCUCUUUCGAUUCCUAUUACAAAGAGCAACGAAUAGUAGAACCGCAACAGUGGGAUCAAUUCGUUUCAGUUCUCAGAACUCCAUUACCCGCAACCUUUCGAAUCAACUCUAGUAGCCAGUUUUCCGACGACAUUCGUUCUCAAUUGGAGAAUGACUUUGUGCAUUCUCUUCGUGACGAGGUUGCUGAAGGGGGUGAGACAGAGGCCAUUCGGCCAUUGCCGUGGUAUCCUGGGAAUUUUGCUUGGCAUUCUAAUUUUUCUCGGAUGCAGCUUAGGAAGAACCAAACACUUGAGAGGUUCCAUGAAUUCUUAAAACUAGAAAAUGAGAUUGGAAAUAUUACAAGACAGGAAGCUGUCAGUAUGGUUCCUCCCCUCUUCUUGGAUGUGCAUUCAGAUCAUUUUGUACUUGAUAUGUGUGCUGCACCAGGUUCAAAAACAUUCCAAUUGCUUGAGAUUAUACACCAGUCAACCAAAACAGGAUCAUUACCAAAUGGAAUGGUUAUUGCAAAUGAUCUGGAUGUCCAAAGAUGUAAUCUUCUUAUCCACCAAACAAAAAGAAUGUGCACAGCCAACCUAAUUGUUACAAAUCAUGAAGCACAACACUUUCCAGGAUGCCGUUUAAACAGAAAUUAUGAAAGGAUGGAGUUAGAUCACAAUUUUGGCCAACUGUUAUUUGACCGUGUUCUGUGUGAUGUGCCAUGCAGUGGAGAUGGUACCCUUCGAAAGGCACCUGAUCUCUGGAGGAAAUGGAACACAGGGAUGGGACAUGGUCUUCACAGUCUACAAGUUUUAAUUGCUAUGCGAGGCGUAUCUUUACUUAAAAUUGGUGGAAGAAUGGUUUAUUCAACGUGCUCAAUGAAUCCUAUUGAGAAUGAAGCUGUGGUUGUUGAGGUUUUACGGAGGUGUGGAGGAUCUGUUAAACUUGUUGAUGUCUCUUGUGAGCUUCCACAACUUAUUCAUCGGCCAGGUCUCAAUAGAUGGAAGGUAUAUGACAAGGGCACUUGGUUAGUCUCUUACAAAGAUGUUCCUAAGUUCCGUAGAAGUGUAAUUCUUCCCAGUAUGUUUCCUUCUGGUAGAGACCAACAGGAUCCUAUUGAUAGUAGUUGUAAUGCUGACAUAGGAGAUGACAUUAGUAGUAGUGUUAAUGGAAAUGCUGGAGAUGGUAGUCAAGCAGUAGAGAAUCCUGUGACGACUGAGUCUGCUGAGGAAGUUUCUGAUUUCCCUCUAGAGCACUGCAUGAGGAUUGUGCCCCAUGAUCAGAACACUGGAGCCUUCUUCAUUGCUGUAUUGCAAAAAGUUUCUCCUCUGCCAGGAACUCCAGAAAAAACUAGAAAGGAAAUUGAUGAGCAAUAUGUAGAACCAGCAAACCAGAGUCUUCAGGAUGCAUAUGAAGAAGUCUUAAACACAGUUUCAAAUGACAAUGAACCCAAUGCAGAAGAUUUGGAAGUUAGCCCGAUCACAUGUGAAGAACAUAAUUCAGAGGAAACUCAAGUGCCCCAUAAUGUACAAAACAUUGUAAAGAGGGUUCCGGGCAAGAGAAAGCUACAAAUACAAGGCAAAUGGAGAGGUGUUGACCCUGUUGUCUUUUUCAAAGAUGAAGCAAUUAUUAAUAGUAUAAGGGAUUUUUAUGGAAUCGAUGAGCGUUUCCCAUUUAAUGGUCACCUUGUUACAAGAAACAGUGAUACUAGUCAUGUGAAGAGAAUUUACUAUAUCUCCAAAUCAGUCAAGGAUGUUCUUGAAUUGAACUUUAAAGUCGGGCAGCAACUUAAAAUAACCUCAAUUGGCCUGAAGAUGUUUGAAAGGCAAACAGCACGAGAAGGUAGCUCUGCACCAUGUGCUUUCCGGAUAUCAUCUGAAGGAUUGCCUCUUAUUCUCCCAUACAUUACCAAACAGAUUCUGCAUGCAUCACCGACAGACUUCAAGCAUCUUCUGCAGAACAAGGAUAUAAAGUUUGCAGAUUUUGUUGAUGGCGAGUUUGGUGAAAAGGCAGCAAACCUAAUGCCAGGCUGUUGUGUGGUAAUUCUGGGUAAAGGAAAGAGAGUUGUUACAGAGUCCCUCAAGGUGGAUGAGUCAACAAUAGCCAUUGGAUGCUGGAAGGGUAGGGCGAGAUUGACAGUGAUGGUUACUGCAAUGGACUGCCAAGAACUACUUGAAAGGCUUUUAAUACGUUUUGACACUGAAAAGUGUUCUCCUGGGCAUGUGGACAAAUCUUCCAAGGAUGUGGUAGGUGAAAUACAGCCUGUACAAGAGUUGAACAGUAAAGAUGAUGAUGAUGUGAAAGCUCUUGCUAGCUAAAAAGCGACAAAUUAAGAUACUUAUUACUCAAUCAUUACUAAUUUUGUCCUUCACCGGUUCACCCACGAAAUGUUAGUGAAAAAAUUGCUUGUUUUUGUUAACCUUUUCAUUAUUUUCGAUGCCACAGACGUUGGUCCAUUUUUGUAUUAAUAGCAUUCUAUAGCUUUGGUUAAAUGUUUAUGGGGAACUCAUACGGUUGGGAGGUUCAAAAUGAAAAAUAGCUCCGUAAUCUAUUCAAACCUGCACAUAUUUUAAAUUU